AUGUACAUCAUUGGAGGUUUCAGAUUCAUCCUGCAACACAACGAACAUCCGCACAGAUGGCCAAGAUUUCGAAAAUGGGUUGUCUUGUUCACUCUAAUCCCCCCAACUUUCCUGAUGCCGUUGUCAUCCACAAUCAUUGCGCCAGCUGUAGACACAAUCUCGACUGAUUUAAAUGUCACGUCCACGUCAACAGGCCCAUUGGCAGUGUCACUGUUCUUGAUCACUUAUAGUAUGGGGCCUCUGCUAUUAGGUCCCCUCAGUGAGCUCGUGGGACGUGUACCUGUUCUACAAGGAGGAAAUACAUUCUUUCUUGUCUUUAAUUUGGCUGGCGGAUUUGCACGAAACUUUCCUCAGUUGCUUGCCUUCCGAUUACUGAGCGGACUUGGUGCGAGCGCAACUCUGGCGGUUGGAUCAAGCACAAUAGGCGACUGCUUCCGUCCCGAGGAGCGCGGUCUCAGCAUUGCACUUCUAAAUAUGGGCCCGGUUCUGGGAUCCUGUCUUGGUCCGAUAGCUGGGGCCUAUAUCACCGACUACACGAGCUGGCGAUGGGCGUUCCAUGCUACUUCUAUCUUCGCUGGCGUCACCAUCCUGGUUGGGACUUGUCUAUCCAAAGAGACAUAUGCACCGGUUCUUCUUCGACGCAAGAAAGACCAUCUGCAGUCUUUGCAGCGACAUAAAGACGCAAUGCUUCGCACCCGCUUCGACAUGGAUGACGCCAAUAAGCCUGACAAUGAGACCCUGGUUCACCUCUACAAACGCACCCUCCUGCGCUCCAUUCACUUGCUUCUUACCCAACCGAUUGUUCAGGCAUUAGCUCUUUAUUAUGGUUACCUCUACGGUCUGGUCUACCUUGUUCUCUCGACUUUCUCUACAUUGUGGACCACGCAAUAUCACAUGUCUACUAGCCGGGGCAGUCUCAACUAUUUCGCCCCAUGCAUAGGCUACCUUCUCGGUGCCCAGACCUGUGCUGUUGUUGCCGAUAAAAUCUACUGUUUUCUAAAGCGGCGCCAACAACUGCAACAGCUGCAGCUGCAGCAACAGCAGGAUUCGCAUGCCCCCACCGCCAAUUCUGACGGCUUGGAAGAGAAACACACUCCCAACCAGAAAUCCAAAAAGCGUAACCCUGAAUUCCGCCUCCCGCUGAUGAUUCCUGCCAGCCUUCUCAUUCCAGCCGGUCUGAUCGUUUACGGGUGGACCGCUGAGGCUCAUACACACUGGAUCUUUCCAGAUCUCGGCAUUGCCCUGCCCUUAAUGGGCGCCACAAUUAUUUUCCAGUGCACCAACGCCUACCUCCUCGAGACGUACAGUGUCUACGCGGCCAGCGCCAACGGUGGUGUAUACAUCCUGCGGGGGCUUACGGGCUUCGGGUUUCCUCUGUUUAGUCCGCCCAUGUACCGCGCGCUGGGGUAUGGUUGGGGGAAUUCUGUUCUGGCAUUCACGGCGCUGGUUAUCGGGUGUCCCAUUCCGUGGUUUCUGUGGAGGUAUGGCGAGGCGUUGAGACGGAGGAGCAGCUGGGCUGAGCAAUAA